AUGAACCUCAAAUCAACAGCUGCUCUUCUUGUGGUGGCCGCUUCUGCUCCUGCUGCUCUUGGUGGACCUCUUGCAUACGCAAUGUGCCAGACAGAUUGUAACAGACUAGCGGUUGAGUGUUAUGCAGCUGCUGGAUUCACGUUUGGCGUAACUAUUGUUGCUGCCCCUCCCGCCAUAAUGGCUUGCAAUGUCGGGCUCGGUACAUGCAUGGCCACUUGCGCCACCGUUGGGUUAUUCGCCCCGACGCCUUAA